GAUCCUCGACCUGAUCGUAUAACGGCUAGACAAUGGGAACAAGAGCGCUCACGAAAGCAAAUUCAUGUUCAUCAACCGACAUAUACGGAAAUUUCAAACACUGGAACGAUCUAUGGAGGGACAAUCAACACCAAAACUUUCGGUGCGAGCACAAAUAUACUCAGAGAAGAACAAGGAGAGGACAAUUGUGGGGUUCAAACUCAAAGACGGGCAAAAAAGAGAAUAUCAUAUUUUGAAUCAGAAACCGAUGACGAAGAAUUUGAGGAAGAGUGUGUGUUAUUAUUUGAGCCUUCGGAAUUAUCAACAAUCCGAAAGAUGGUCACAGAAACUGAAAAAAUUUCAGAUGGCUGGGAAGUUAAGCUAUUGAAAUGGCAACAACACAGCCUUAAUCAAUUAGAUCAUGGAAUUCAGUACCCAUCAAAGCGGAACAUACACUGUAUUCUUGUUGCUUCUUCAAUCUUUUAUUUUAAAAAAGAAAACGAGCAGGUAUAUAAUGGCUUCCUAACAGCAGAUGAGAUUGCCGAUAUUCAAUCACGCGUAAUCUCAGAGUUCAGGAUGAUAAAAAUUCCAAAUGGAGUAAAGGAGUUUGUGCGAGAAAAUAAAAAGGAUUAUCAACAAGAUAGUCUGGAAGAGAUUGAAAGAUUUCUAAAGCAAUAUGUCGGGAACCAAUUCAGGGAUAGGCUACUAAACAGAGCAUUUUUUAGACUUUUGGAAGAAUGUGUACUGUUGGAUCCCUCAACAGACACGAAUGAAUUGACGGAGGGAACGAUUGAUGUGGCAUCUAAUGCAUCUAAAUUACGUCGAGGCCAUCGUGGUCGAAUACCAGAUUACAAGCUGAAUAAUAAAAAUGGAACUCGUUCAGCUGUAUUUGGUGAAGUAACCAGCCCAAAACGUCAAAAUGAAGAACCUAAAGUUUACUGGGACAUCUACCGUGGUGCUAUACAUGCGAAAGAUGCCAUAGAUUAUGAUAUUAAUCAGCGAAAUAUACAACCAGAUGAGUCGAAACGAAUCAUAAUAUUUAUUAAUGGCUUUAAAAUGACUGUGUGUGUUAUGAAAUUACAUUCUUCCGGAAUAUAUCUAUUGGUUGAAGUGGCUUCAUGUACUAUUCCGAAAACUGCUAGGGAUCUAGAGCAAAUUAUGAUCCUUUAUCAAAUUUUAAUGAGUAUUCGGGAUGUUGCGGUAGAUGUGUUGGGCGAGAGAUCCUGUACUACACCACUUCAAGCAAAUUAUAAAGAUUGGCUACGUCCAACUGCUAGUACACCCACCACACUUAAAACUGAUUGA